AUGCCUUUGAAGACAGUUAUUUGCAUCGGUAUGGCCGGUGCUGGUAAAACCACAUUUAUGCAGAGAUUAAACUCGCACUUGCAUGCAGCCAAGGAGCCACCAUACGUUAUUAACUUGGAUCCAGCUGUAUUAACGGUGCCAUACGGUGCGAAUAUCGAUAUCCGUGACUCCAUAAAGUACAAGAAGGUGAUGGAGAACUAUGAGUUGGGUCCCAACGGUGCUAUUGUAACUAGUUUGAACUUGUUCAGCACAAAGAUUGACCAGGUCAUCCAGUUAGUGGAAAAGAAGCAAGAUAAGUACGAACACUGUAUUAUAGAUACACCAGGUCAGAUCGAAUGUUUUGUUUGGAGUGCGUCUGGUCAAAUCAUCACCGAGUCGUUUGCUUCGACUUUCCCAACUGUGAUAGCAUACAUCGUCGACACUCCAAGAAACACCUCUCCCACCACCUUUAUGAGUAAUAUGUUAUACGCAUGUUCUAUCUUAUACAAGACGAAGCUACCCUUGAUUGUUGUUUUCAACAAGAGCGAUGUGAAGAAGUGCGACUUCGCCAAAGAAUGGAUGACCGACUUUGAAGCAUUCCAAACUGCCUUAAGAGAUGACCAAGAGAGCAACGGCCAAACUGGACUUGGAUCUGGAUACAUGGGUUCUCUUGUGAAUUCCAUGUCCUUGAUGUUGGAGGAGUUCUACUCGCAGCUUGAUGUGGUUGGUGUUUCCAGUUUCACAGGAGAAGGUUUCGAUGACUUCCUAAAUAUUGUAGAUGAUAAGGUAGAGGAGUACGAGAAGUACUACAAGGUGGAGAGGGAAAGAAUCCUAAAAGAGAAGGAAGAAAAGGAGAAGGCCAGGAAAGAAAAAUCGCUCGAGCAUUUGAUGAACGAUCUUGGUUUCAAGGACAAGGCUAAGAAGAAUGCGGCCGAAGAUGAUGACGACAGUGCGGAUGUUAUCAGCGACUUGGAAGAAGGAGAAAACGAUGGAUUAGUAGAAAGAGACGAGGAUGAGCAAGACGAUGUAGGCAAGCGUGCUGAAAGAGAAUAUACGUUUGCCGGCGAGGACAGAUUAAAUGGGGAAGUUAACGAAACAGAUACCCCAGACUUGCAAAAAAGAUACGAGGAUGCAUUUGCGAAGGUUGCUAAAGACGCAAGCAGCCAGACGGCUGAAAACAUCGCUCGUUACAUUAGACAAUAA